UCGGAUUUAUCUGUCGUACGAGUGACACUGUCCAGAGUGUUUGUCGAUCUUUUCUCUUUUUGUCCCUUUCUUCAUCUUUCUUCUUGUCGUCCUUUUUGGGUCUUCUCGUCAUCUUUUAUCGUUAACUUCAAGGAUGAGUUUGAUUCCAUUAUCUAAAGUACAAUGCGAUUUACCUAGAACGAGAAAGUAUCCCAUUGACGUUCUCGGCACGGCAAAUAUAUCUUACGGGCACAAAUUACGCGCACCCGAGACUCGCCACAUUGCAAAGUACCAUGGCUCCCGAUCUAUCUUCGAAGGUGCAAACGAGCAACCCGAGAAAGACAAGAGAGAAUACGAGCAGUUCCUUAAGACUCUGGAGUUCGAGAAAGAAACCAAUCGGAAAAUCAAGAGCAAACAUCUUCGUCAGCGGGUGCAACAAGGCCUAUUGGCAUACGAGGAAAAUUUGCAAGCGCGCAGGGAGAAGCUACGUGAUCUUGUGCUGAACGAAGAGACGAAUCUGACGAGGGAGAUCGUGGAGGAGGCGCAACGGGGCAACGACGCUCGGCUCGGGGAGAUGCGCGCGAAGACGGAGGAGCUAAGGAAGCGUCGCGACGAGGAACACGAGGCGGUGGUAGCUGCCAAGCGGAUGCAGCAGUACCUGACUUCGUGUCCGGAUGUCAAGCGGAUGCUCUCGAAGAGGGUGGCGAUCGACGCGAAGCGGUGCAACGUGGCGCAGAUCGCGGAGAACGAAGCAAGGAAGUCGGCGGAGACGGAACUGGACGCUCUGUGGCACAAAGUGAUGCUGAAGGAACUCGGGUUAAAGAAACGCGAGGAAGCGGAAGAGACGACAAGGCAGGCCUCGGCACGGCGGAGAACGGUUGCCACCCUGGCGAAGCAGGUAGCGGACAAGCUGACGCUGGAGGACGAGCGAAAACGGAUCGAGAGGAACGAGCGCGAGCACCUGGAGCGACUCUGGGAGGACGUGCGCCAGACGGAACGCAGGAACCUCGAGACGGAGCGGCGAAAGCGAGAGAAGCUUAAGAGGGAACUCGAGGAGCAGAUCCUGACAGCGAAGCGGUUCCUCGCCGAGCGCGCGCGCGAGGAGGUUGCGAUGAACGAGGCGCUCCGAACGCUCGCCGAGAAGGAAGCAGCCACCGAGAAGGCUCGCGCGCGAGAGGACGUCACGGCCCUGCGUGCAGAAUUGCUGGCCCAUCUCAAGUACCUGGAGGACCUGCGGCAGGAAGAGGCCAGGCGGAAUCUGGAGGUAGAAGCCAUCGUGCGACAGUCGCACGAGGACGCCGAGGCGAGACGUCGGCUUGCACUACAGAAAUUCAAGGAGGCUCGUGAGCGCGAGAUGCAGGAAGUCCUGCGCGGCCGGGAGGAGCAGUUAAGGGCGAAACGGGAGGCACAGGAGGAGGAGCGGCGCCUGAAGAUCGAGGAGAAGGAAGCUCUCGAGAGGCAGAUCGAGAUGCACGCCAACUUGGUGGCGAUCGAGCAGGAAAAGAUCAGACAAAGAACACUGCGUUACAGGCUGGACUUGGAGGAGCAGCGGAAGCGCGUCGAGACGACGAGACGCCGCGAGCUGGAGGAGGACCGACGACAGCAGAGUGCCGAGAUGAAGAGGCGCGCGGACGAGUAUCAGCGGCUCACGGAGGAGCUGCUGAACGCUUCCGAAAACAUCACGCCGCAUCCGUUUAAGGUCCUCCUGCAACAAUGCGCUGCACGUCACGCGGCGGAAAGAGAAGGACGUUCUUACUGUCCCCCGGCUUUAACUUCCGCGUAACUCGUGCCGGGACGCUGAUAAGUUACCCGAUGCUUGUAAGUCACUUCCAGGACGUCUCGGUACGUGGGGAUUAUGUAAAGAGCAGGCUAGACCAGUGAAUAAUCGGUCAGAGAGAGAAUAACCGCUAAAUCUGUGAAGAUGGGAACGUGAGAUAAGCCAGUGGAAAUUUCGCGCACAAAGUGUUCGGCUUUUUGCAGAAGAAUUUAACGAUUAUGCGUAACAUUGAUUGUAUGAUUCGUGCUUAUGUGUGCAUAAAAUGUGUAUGUAAAAUUUUAAUUUAACGCCAUGGGAUUAUAGAAGUUGCACAUUUAAUAAUAGGCGAUGCACUCCACAUUUUCGGUUUUCCUUCUGUUAUGUAAUAUAUUUCUCUGUGUAGUCCAUGCAAAAUAAUGCAAUGUUGUAUCUUUUUAAAGUGUGAUAUAAUCAAUUUUUAAUUAUUAUGUGGUUACAAGUUAAAACGACUAUUUCAUAAAAUCUACGGUCAUUUAUUAAUUAAUUCCGGAGUUUAAUAUAUCUUUUUCCACGAUUAAUUGAAAUACAAAGUAGUUUCAUAAUAAAAUACUGCAUUCUAUAUAAAAUGUAUUAAUUUAUAAAAUUAAUAUUAUAUAUAAUAAUUUUUGCUGUAUAUUUCUUUUAUAUAAUAAUAUUAUAUUUUCAUGAUAUUUAUAUCCAAACGAAAUAGUAAUCUUUCUCUAAUACUCUAUUUAUUUUCUUUUAUUUUAUAUUUCCAUGAAAUAUUAACCGAAAUCGGGACAAUGUAUUUGUAUUAUUAAAGAUUUAUUAUUGUACAGAUAAA